GUAUGCCUGCGUGUUGUUGACCAUUUUGCAUACGCUAAUCAAAGUCAAUCACCGUUCCGCGCGGACCACAUGCACCGUACGCUAGAUGACCGGGUUGCUCCCAUUUUCCAGUCUUUGGGCCUGGACCCACCUCAUGGAUUUCAUGACAUGGAUUCAAGAAACACACAGUACUCUUGA